AUGGGUAAAAAGAAGCAGCAGAAAAUAAUACUUGGAGCCAUCGGUCAGCCACAGGAACAAUCGGCGGCUCAAAAUGAGCAGCAGCAACAACCGCAUAGCUCGCAACAGCAGCAAAGAGCUCAACAAGUAGCUCAGCAGCAACAUCCGCAAGGUUCACAACAACAGCAAGGACCUCAGCAACAUCCGCAAGGUUCACAGCAGCAUCAAGCAGCUCACCAACAUCCGCAAGGUUCGCAACAACAGCAAGGACCUCAGCAACGUCAGCAAGGUUCGCAACAACAGCAAGGACCUCAGCAACAUCCGCAAGGUUCACAGCAGCAAAAAGAACCUCAGCAACAUCCGCAAGGUUCGCAACAACAGCAAGGACCUCAGCAACAUCAGCAAGGUGCGAAGCAACAAAAAGGGCCACGGCAGCAGCAACAUCCGCAAGGUUCGCAACAACAGCAAGGACCUCAGCAACAUCCGCAAGGUUCACAGCAGCAAAAAGAACCUCAGCAACAUCCGCAAGGUUCGCAACAACAGCAAGGACCUCAGCAACAUCAGCAAGGUGCGAAGCAAAAAAAAUGGCCACAGCAGCAGCAACAUCCGCAAGGUUCACAGCAGCAAACAGGACCUCAGCAUCAUCCGCAAGGUUCACAGCAGCAAAAAGAACCUCAGCAACAUCCGCAAGGUUCGCAACAACAGCAAGGACCUCAGCAACAUCAGCAAGGUGCGAAGCAACAAAAAUGGCCACAACAGCAGCAACAUCCGCAAGGUUCACAGCAGCAAACAGGACCUCAGCAUCAUCCGCAAGGUUCACAGCAGCAAAAAGAACCUCAGCAACAUCCGCAAGGUUCGCAACAACAGCAAGGACCUCAGCAACAUCAGCAAGAACAGACCCAGUUCCAAAAAUCAGACGAUAAAAAACCUUCUAUUGCUGGUGGUAGUGCGCCCCACCGUGACGCAUCUGUCUCCUCUUUGAAAUCCAGCGGUUCCGGUGAUGGAACCCUUCAGCCCAUCGAGGAAAACUUGACCCAAAUGCGCAUCUCGAAAGAAAAGAUUCGCCGAACAGACUUGCGACCGGUAUUGGUGCGCAGAGGAGCACAAGGUACUCGCGGUAAAAAGGUUACGGUAGAGGCCAAUUUCUUCCGGCUGCUGCUCGACAAGCUGAAGGGUGUGGCGUACCACUAUGAUGUGGCGAUCGAACCAGAUCGGCCGAAAAAGUUCCUCCGUGCGGUGUUCGCCCAGUUCUGUCGAGAAAACUAUCCCGGCGUAUUGAUGGCGUAUGACGGACAGAAGAGUGCCUACACGACCCGCAAGAUAACCGAGAAGAAGGCCAAGCUAAUGUACCAACCGGACGAUGGUGGCAGAGCGAAAGAGUACACCGUGCAGGUGAAGGAGGCCGCCCAGCUCGAUCUGGCUGUGCUUAAAACGUAUAUGAAUUCCAAUGAUGCCUCGUUUGCCAAACCGAUGAGCGCUAUCCAGUGUCUGGAUGUGGUGUUGCGUUGCGCCUAUGAGACAAAUCCCAACUUUGUAAGGUUCAAAAGAUGUGUGUACAUGGUUCCACGCAACAGCAUCGACAUCGGUAAGGGGCAUGAGCUUUGGUACGGUCUGUUCCAGUCGGCCGUGCUCGGUUCACGGCCAUACAUCAACUUGGACGUAUCGCACAAAGCGUUCCCGUGCGCGGCCCCUGUGCUGAAAGUGAUCCGCGACUUUAACCGUGGCAACCUGGAUCAACUCAGCGGGUGGGUGGUGAACGAUCUGCAAUCCUUCCUGAAGGGUAUGGAUGUGAUCUACAAAAAUCCAACGGGCGUUACGAAACGUAUGCGAUGCAAUGGAUUGCGGGAUCCUGCCAACCAGCAGAUGUUCAAAAUGGAUGACGGAACGCGUCUCUCGGUGGCGGACUAUUUCCUCAAACAUCUGAAAUACCGGCUGAAUUAUCCAAAUCUUCCCGUCCUCCAUGUGGGUAGUACCGUGCGUUCGAUUUACGUACCGGCUGAGCUUUGCGAUAUACCAGGUGGACAGGCGUUGACGAAAAACCACCCGGAGGAAUGUACGCGCGAUAUCAUUCGGUACGCCGCAACCAACACGCAGACACGGAAGCAAAAGAUUGUUGAUCUUGCAACACAGAUUCAGUACAACAAAUGUCCGACAUUGGUGGAUUUUGGCAUCGCAGUCGGCAACGAGUUUGAGAAGGUACCGGCCCGCAUAAUCGAUGCCCCACCGAUCGAGUACGCGAGAAACGAAAAGAUCGCUCCGCGGUCUGGUGUCUGGCGGGCUGAGGGUAAGAACUUCCUGCAACCCAGCACGGAACUGAGCCGCAAGCCGCUGCGAUGGCGUGUACUGAAUCUCGAUGGGUAUACAAAUGAGACCACGGUGAAGAAGUUUGGAGAAAUGUUACAACAGCAGGCCAUGCGGUGCAACGUACAGAUGGAACCGUUCGAUAUGGGCAGUACGUACGUGUUGGUGCGCAACCCCAACAAUGCUCUCCGUGACAUCGGUACACUGCUAGAAGGCAUCAAGAAGGAUAAUCCUACGAUCACGAUUGUAAUACUACCGAGCCGUGGCGAUGCGUACGCAAAGGUUAAACAGAAGGCAGAGCUAGCCAGCGAGCGUAUCGGGUUGCUGACGCAGUGCAUUAAGAGUAUGACGGUAGCAAAGAAGGGUAACGACAUGAGCACCCUCAACAACAUAAUGCUAAAGAUAAACGCCAAAACGAAUGGUGCAAAUCACUGCGUUUCGCAGGUCGCCGUACCGCCGUUGGGGCGCGGAAAAGUUAUGUACAUCGGUGCGGACGUCACACAUCCACUCAGCGACGAUGUACCGAGUGUGGUUGGUGUGACAGCCCUGUACGAUUUGAUCGGUUUCCGGUACAAUUGCAGCGUACGGCUGCAGGGUGCGCGUGAUGAAAUGAUACGCGAUCUGGAGAACAUCGUACACCGGCAGCUGCUGCUGUACCAGCAGUACAAUGGUGACCUGCCGGAGCGUAUCAUGUACUACCGCGACGGUGUGUCGGAUGGGCAGUUUUCGGAAAUUCUCACCAUCGAAUUACAGGCACUGCAUGCGGCUAUAUCGCGCGCCAAACCCGGCUACAAACCUGCGGUGACAUUCAUUGUUGUGCAGAAGCGCCAUCACACACGAUUCUUCCCGCACGGUAACUGUCCGUCGGAUGGCAAGAACUGCAAUGUACCGCCCGGUACAGUCGUGGACAGCGAGAUCACCUUGCCAGAUCGGUACGAAUUCUAUCUCGUAAGCCACGCGGCUGUACAGGGCGUUGCCAAACCGACCAAGUACGUUGUGCUGUACGAUGAUUCAAAUUGCUCUCCGGACCACCUGCAAGCGUUGACAUACAAUCUGUGUCAUCUGUUUGCGCGUUGUAACCGGUCCGUUUCCUAUCCUGCACCAACCUAUUAUGCCCAUCUGGCGGCUUAUCGGGGUCGAGUGUACAUUAAGGAUCGUCGUAUCAAUAUGAACGAUCUGGAAAAAGCUUAUCGGGACAUUCAAAUUAUUUCCUCCGUCACCGACAACAAUCCCAUGUUCUUCGUUUAA